CACAGCAGGUGAACCGAAGGAGAGAUUCUUGUCCAAAACGUUGAGCUGACAGCAGAGAGAGACAUCAUGUUCAGGGUUUCUAUGAUUGUGAGCGCUCUGCUGAUAGUUGGCAUCACAGCUAAGCCUUGGAAUAAAAAUGAAGCCGUUGAGGAAAAAGUUGUGUCCGUAGAUGAGAAAGAGAGGCUGUCCUGGGAGGUGGAGCCUCCAGAGGACAUGCACGAUAUUCACUAUGACAUUGACCCCAGAAUGAGAGUUUGGAAGAGCAUGAAGGUCCCAAAGGUUGAGGAAGACUGGGAUGAGCUGAACCACCCAUCAACAAAUGAGCUCCGGCUUCAAAUCCAGAACACGGACUCUGCUGAAGACGACCAGACAGAGAAUUAUGUCGUCGAGUACAGACAGGAUGCAAAAGAUAGAAAUUCUAUUGACCACGCCGUUUUUUCUGAAGUGAUCGCAGAGGAGCCUCAGGACUCUGAUGAAGACAACGAGGAAAGAGAAAAGGUGUUGAGAUAUCUGGCUCCGUUAAUGGCUGGACACAAAGUAGAUGUGGGUGGAGCUCUCGAUCAACCAGACGUGAAUGAGGACCAGGUAUCAUCUGUGGAGAUGGAGGCAGUGAGAAGCAACAGAGAGGGAAGAAUCCAUCUUCAACCAGAGGAAGACAUGGACGAUCUUUACCACAAAGAAGUCCUCGUUCCAGUCUUUUAUCAAGAUGACAGUAAAGCUGCUGCUCCUGUUCAUAUGCCUGCUCAAAGAAAGUACACCGAGCCAGAGGUGGAUAUGGAUGACUUGUACCACAAGUGAUCCUGCGACGACUCGACACAAGAGCACGCCAAACAUUUCAAACGUCAUGUUGUGCAUGUAAAGUUCAAUCAGAGGCGUCAUUUGUAU